CACAGACACCAGGCCUUUUUGAGGUUCCAUUGAGCGCAGCUUGUGGUUAGCCUGCUUACGGUCGCAUGAGAACGUUCUUUUCCAUCCAUCCUAGAAGUUCAUGUAUUCCCUUCCUAAGAGCAGACGGGACUCUUUUGAUAUGAUUAUGAAUCACACUGUUUCCACUUUGGCAUCAUUUGAUGUGUGAGAAAAUUCAUUCUAGACUCGCUCGCUCUCUAUCUUUGGCGUUACUUCUGUAGCACCUUGUCAAGGUUGUUCAUUAACCCCCCUUUUCCCUAUCCGUCCCGUCGACAUGGGGUCUAGCAGGCGGUCGGGACGAGUGCAACGUACGGAUCAAGUCCUCAUUGCUAGAUACCGUCGAAAUCAUAAAAUGCAGUCCUGCGAACCAUGCCGAAAGUCGAAAGUUGCGUGCGAUCACAGAAUUCCUUGCGGAAGAUGUAUAAGGAGGCGAUGUGUUGACGAAUGCCACUAUCACCCGAACCCUCUUACACGUCACCGUCAAGAAGCCACUACAACUGCGACUGCGAUACCAAACGUCCUGACGCCACCACAGCCGAGUAGCGCUGUCUCUCGCUUCUCGAAUGGGCAAGAUCGCGGAGGCGAUGAAACCGAGAUUGUUACCUUUUCGCAAUGGUACAACCACAGGGCGAGUUUCGCACUACCACAUCGUGCAGGGUCAGCACCGCCAUUAUCUGAUUUUUCGGAAACUUGGCCGGGCAAGCACGGGUUCCUUGGCUUUACCUCCCACACAUCCAUCAUGAUAGAGGAGUUGACACGACUCGGUAUAACUUCCAGCGGCCUUGAACCAGCCACGGCUGUCCACAAGAAACCCAUUCCAUGCGAAAGAAUCGCCAGUGGUUGUCGGGCUCUCUCUUUCCUGCAUAACAGGGCAAUGAUAGAUCGUGGCAUCGACUUGUUUUUCCAAUCUAUCGAAUGUAUCCAUAUUCAUUGUGGCGAGUUCAUUGUGAGACAGUGGCUAUCACAAAUGUGGUUUGCUCAUGGCGAAGUUUUGUUAAAUCAGAACCCCGAGCAGAUACGGCGGCUAAGCCAUUUGCUCUGUGAGAACACGGCGACACCACAAGUGUUUGAUGGCAGAACCACUGCAAGUCAGUGGAUUUGCUCUGCCACGGGCGAACACAUACGCUGGGGAGUGAUCGCCAUGAUCGCCAACUACUUGGCAACAUAUGCCAUGGUAACAAAUUCAUCAGAUCCAUUUUUCCAGGAGUUCAACGUGGAUCGCAAAUCACUGUUGGAUGAUAUGACCGAAGUUUCAGACGUAUCUCUCAGAUUUUGUCGAGAAAGCGGAGCUUUGGAUGAUAUAUUCAUCUGUGCCCUUCUCGAGCACUACAACAUUACCAAAUAUACCAAGGGAGAAGCUUGUUAUACGACGUACUGUAUCGGUGCCGAAGUGAAUAGCGCCCUCAUUGCGAUGGGUCUUCACCAGGAGAUCAAAGCAGAUGGCCAAGUUCCAUUUUUCCUCGCUGAACUGCGCAAACGACUUCGAGCAAUGAUUUACAUAGCGGAGAUCAGUAUAGCUACGUUUCUGGGCCGUCCACCACGACUGUCGCAUCGUUAUAUGAACUUAGAUCCGCCGCUAGAUUUGACGGACCCGCAAUUGUUUUCGGAAGAUCCACAGGAGCUAGCGGUCGCCAUUGCUCAUCUGGACGAGCAGGGAUUUAAUCGAGAUGGAGAUAUUGGCCAUGUCUCUUGGAUAAAGUCUUCAAUCGGUUUUAUGACAAGGAGAGAGGACAUCCUGGAGCUUUCAUUAGGGAACUUCACUUCAGACGAGGUGCGGGAAAAUGCAGACAUUAUUCAACGCAAAACGGAGGCACAUUGGGGAGCUCUUCCCCAAGUUCUAUUGAAUUUAAAAGGUGGGGAAUUCGGGCUCGAGACCCAAAAGGUCAUCGAGCUACACUUUCAAAACGUCUUUCGCCAAGGUCCGCAGGUGAAUUCACUUCUACUGCACCGCGUACUCAUGCACAAAGCGGGUACGGGCCCCGUGGGAUUAAUUAUCACGGCACAGACAAUCCUGAGUGAUGUGAUGCGACUGUACAAACGUGUCGAAAUGUCUGCAGCAACGUCAUUCAUCUACUUCUUAGCAGUACAUGGACUUCGCAGUGCGGUUAUACUGGCGGUGGAACUCUUAAAGCAGGAACAACUCCCAGUUUAUCUCAACGAGCCGCUUCUGCCUCGAAGCAGGACAAUCCAAGAUCUAUGUAUCUUCACAGAUAAGCUGAGUGACUUGGAUCCAAUGUUUGGAGAUAAAGAACUUUGCGAAAAGGGCCGAAAAUUAAUUUCUCGGGUCCUUGACAAGAUCCUGAGCCUUCCGAAAACUGUGGAUCGAAAUUGUCAUGGUUCUUCUGCACCAAUACAGCAGCUCGACACCAGCGUUUUCACUAACAAUACGAUUUACAACGCAUAUGGGUCAGAUGGCUACUUGAUGACGGAUGAUUUCAGUCAUGGAAUGAGUGCGCCUGUUUCAGGUCCAGAUCAUGCAUUCAGGCUUUGGCUGGAGAACAUUGAUGGCCAGGAUUGGAUACUAUAGCACAGAAGCAAGCUUAUAGGCUGUCCCUCGCCUGCAAGACACUUCCUCAGGUCAGGGCUGGCCGCUAUCACUGACGAGAUUAGUGGCCAUGAUGGAUAUCAAAGCUUUACCAUGAUUCAGGAUGGCCGCAAGAGGUUUGUCAAACAGAAGCAUCGUCAGAGACAUCAUCCCGUCUUCAUUAUGACUGUGAUAGUGUACUUGGAUAAUGGCGAGUUAAGAAGGGGUGGCGGGUCAUUCGCCACAGCCAGUCGUUUUCUGCAGGUCUUAUUGGUAAAGCAUUUCAUUUAAGAGUCUUGAAUUAUAUGGUGAGGUCCGAUGGAAGGCCAACAUCGUUACCAAGCUCAGUCCCACGG